AUAAGCACUUCCUAGUGUGGCACUUCUGUGGCGAUGAUCUAGUUCUGUAUCUAAGUAAACUGUAGAAUUAAGAGAAUUUUGAGAUAAACACUGAUAAAAACGAAACACGAAUGAUAAGUGGAGUGAAAUAAAAUAUUUUUACCCUUGGAUCGUCUUCUUAAAAAGAUGAAUUCCUCCAAUUUACGGAACUAUCGUUGGUAUCAUGGUAGCUUGAGUCGUACGAGUACAGAACAUUUAUUAUUGGGGAAAGAACCAGGAGUUUAUUUAGUAAGAGACAGUAAUACUUCCCCAAGUGACUUCGUGUUAAGUGUCAGUGAAAACAAUAAGGUCAGUCACUACAUUAUAAACAACAAAGGUAACCAUUACAAGAUUGGUGAACAAACAUUUUCUGAUAUUCCAUCGAUAAUAAACUUCUAUAAGAAUCAUUUUCUUGAUACAACAACAUUAACUGGAGCUGUUGAGCGAGAGCUUAAAGUUAAAGCACUUUAUAAUUUUGAAGGACGCGAUCCAGGUGAUUUGCCAUUUAGUAAAGGUGAUAUCUUGACAAUUAUUUGUCAAGAUGAGGAGUCCUGGUGGACUGCAGAAAACAAAUAUGGACAACGAGGCUGUAUACCUGUGCCUUAUAUGCAAAUUCUUAAUGAAGACCAAUUACCACCUGUUGUUAAUGUACCUGCUGUUCGACCCGUUUCAUCACCUGGAAAUAAUUUAACACCAUACAAUGACCAAUACAGGCCAAACAGGAGAUCAAAUCCUGAACCAUAUCGACCUAGACCUGUAGAACCUGCACCUCGACAAGUUAUGCCUUUGCCAACAGGUCCUUUUAUUGCACGAGCUCUUAUAGAUAGAGUUUGUACUCCUUAUGACACUAACCAAAUAGCGUUCAAGAAAGGAGAUUUGAUCAAAGUAACCAAACAAAAUGACAAUGGUAUAUGGGAAGGAGAGUUGCAUGGCAAAACUGGUGAGUUUCCCAUGUCACAUGUAAGUGUUCUUGACCCAAACACAAUGGAACCAUUGUCAAAUGGAUAUUGACUUUUGAAAGAUAGUCGAUGAAAAAUUGAAAGAUUACAUAACCUAAGGAUACAAAGAGUAAUUCCUUCAAAGAAAAGUGGCCAUAAAUUUUAAUCAUAGUAGCUCUUUAUGAUUAUAUGUAAAUAUGUAAUAGAUAAUUUGAAAAAUUUGGCAACUUGUUGAACAGAGAAAUAUAUACUGUGUAUAAGGAUUUUUUCAAAAAGGUGUUGUAUAUUUUGAAUUUGAAAAUCAUAUUACACAAAGAAUAUGAAAAUAACUAGACAUGAAUAACAUGCAGAAUUAAACUGUCAUAUUAUACUAGACAGUUCAAUUCUACAACAUAUGGCUUAAUUUAUUUUUAACUCUAAGUCGUAUUCAUAUUUUAAAUAGAAUGUUCCCUUGUAAUCUUAUUCUUACUUUCCAUAAUGGUGAUUUCAGAUGGCAAAAAAAUUCUCUCAUUUAA